AUUAUGUUCACAGCUUUUAAGCUACUUUUUUUUACAUCUGGAUGCCAGACCAAAUCAGAAGGCAUUUUCUCUCGUUUCUAUCUGUCUUCACUAUCUGAAACACAGUUUAAAGCUUUUGAGUAUAUUUUGUAACUCAUUAGUUUUUGGCAUCCUCCAUAGCACAUUGGCCAAUAUGAUUCAUCCUUUCUUUGAGCACAAUUAGCUGUGAAAACAGAUCUUAGAACAGACUCCCUCCACCCCCAAAGGAUUAUUGAAGGUAGGAAAUGCAGGUGAUUAUCAGAGUUUGCCUUUGAUACAGACAUCCUGCUCUCCGCUAGCCCUUUGAACUAACUUUGAUAUGCAAUAAUUAAGAGGGAUCCAACCCCUGGAGGAGAAGCCGCUGUGGCCCUGCCUCUUCUCUCCUUCUAUUGAGUCCUUGUUUUGAACUAUUGAUCAAACAGAUUUGAAGGGAUUUGUUGAAGCCUGUGUGGGGUAAGAAGGAAGGAAAUGAAGCAGGAGGGAGGAAGAGAGAAAUGAGGGGGCAUAUCUGGUUAUAAAUAGUUUCAGAAAGAACCACUGGUCAGACCUCGCUCCUCCUACUUCGCACACCUUACUCAGACGUAGAUUUGCUUCUCUCAGAGGAAGGAGUCGCAGGCAACUUGCUAAGGUUUCUUUGUGGCAAAAGCUCUGUGGUGGGUGGUGGGUUUCGAGCAGCCCAGCCCCGGAGGAGAGGACUGAGACGGUCUAGGACACCGGGCGAUUGAAGGAUGGCGGUGGUGGUCUUGCUGGGGCUCAGCUGGUUCUGCGCUCCUCUGGGAGCCCUGGUUCUGGACUUCAACAACAUCAAGAGCUCUGCCGACGUGCAAGGGGCUCAGAAGGGCUCACAGUGCUUGUCUGACAAUGACUGCAAUACCAGAAAAUUCUGCCUCAAACCCCAAAAUGAGAAGCCGUUCUGUGCUACAUGUCGUGGAUUACGGAGGAGGUGCCAGCGUAAUGCCAUGUGCUGUCCAGGAACGCUCUGCAUGAAUGAUGUUUGUACUACAAUGGAAGAUGCAACCCCAAUAUUGGAAAGUCAGAUUGAUGACCACGAUGACAUCGACAUAAAAGGAACAACUGAGCAUCCAAUUCAGGGGAAAAAACACAAAAGGAAGCCAAAUGUUAAGAAAUCACAAGGCAGUAAAGGACAAGAGGGAGAAAGCUGCCUUAGAACUUUUGACUGUGGACCUGGACUUUGCUGCGCUCGUCAUUUUUGGACUAAAAUUUGUAAACCAGUCCUACUGGAGGGACAGGUGUGUUCUAGGAGAGGGCAUAAAGAUACUGCUCAAGCUCCAGAAAUCUUCCAGCGGUGUGACUGUGGUCCUGGACUAGUAUGUCGAAGUCAAGUGACUGGCAAUCGACAACAUGCCCGGUUAAGAGUAUGCCAAAAAAUCUAAAAAGCUGUACAUAUUUCAAAAUAAAGAUGACUCGUUAUUGUAUUCAAGUAGAAAUUGCAGACAUUAAUUUUUAAAUAUUUCCAGACACAUGUAUCUUAUAGCAACUGAAAUAGACUGGGCUAGAGAACUUGUGAUGAAUGGAAAUCAGCUUUGUUCCUGCAGAAAAGUGAUGUGAUUCUAUAACAAGAAAAAUUAAUUUUUACCUAGUGAUUAAAUUAAUUUAAAUAAAUCUUUAAGUAAUUUCUGGUGAAGUUCUGGUGACUGACAGUAGCUU